AUGCUUAUCUUUCUUCUUCUUCUUCUUCUUCUUCUUCUUCUUCUAAUGCCCUCUUCCGUCUUUUUUUCUUCUUGUUCUCCUCCUCCUCCUUCUUCUUCCCACCUCCUCUUUCUUCUUCUUCUUCUUCUUCUUCUUCUUCUAAUGCCCUCCUCCCUCUUUUUUCUUCUUGUUCUCCGCCUCCUCCUCCUCCUUCUUCUUCUUCCCACCUCCUCUUUCUUCUUCUUCUUCUUCUUCUUCUUCUUCUUCUUCUUACCUCCUCCUCUUCAUCUUCUUCUCAUUUCCUCUUUCUUCUUCUCACCUCCUCUUUCUUCUUCUUCUUCUUCUUGCCUUCUCUUCUAUCUCUCUCUAUCUAUAUAUUAUUUCUUUUAUUUUUUAUCCUUUUUUCUCUCGAUGUUUCUCUUGGGCUCUCUCUCUCUCUCUCUUUCUCUCUUUCUUUCUUUCUUUUUUCUCCCUUUUUCUCUCUGUUUCUCUCGUACUUUCUCUCAGUCUCUCUAUGUCCUUUUUGUUUUCUGUUUUCUAUCUCUUAAUCUCUCUCUUUCGUGGGCUCUCUCUUUCUCCCUCUCUCGAUCGACUUCUCUUUCCCUCUCUCUUUUUUCUGUUCUCUUUCUCCCUCUCUCGAUCGACUUCUCUUUCCCUCUCUCUUUUUUUCUGUUCUCUUUCUCCCUCUCUCGAUCGACUUCUCUUUCCCUCUCUCUUUUUUCUGUUCUCUUUCUCCCUCUCUCGAUCGACUUCUCUUUCCCUCUCUCUUUUUUCUGUUCUCUUUCUCCCUCUCUCGAUCGACUUCUUUUCCUCUCUCUCUUUUUUCUGUUCUCUUUCUCCCUCUCUCGAUCGACUUCUCUUUCCCUCUCUCUUUUUUUCUGUUCUCUUUCUCCCUCUCUCGAUCGACUUCUCUUUCCCUCUCUCUUUUUUUCUGUUCUCUUUAUCACUCUUUCUCUCUGCUGCUUUUCUUUCUCUCUUUGCCUGUUUUUGACUUUCUAUCACUCUGUCUUUCUCACGGUGCAUCUUUUUCUCUGUUCUUAUCUCUCUCUCUCUCUCUUUUUCUCUCUUUCUCUCUCUGUGCACAUCUUCGUCUCUAUCUCUCUCUCUCUCUCUCUCAAUAUUUCUCUCUUUCCGUCUUUCUCUCUCUCAAUAUGUCUUUCUCUUCCUUUCUGUCUUUGUCUCUCUGUAUCUCAUUUUUCUCUCUUUUUCUUUGAUUGUUUCUCUUUCUCUUUCUUUUUCUCUGUCAUUGUAUCUCUCUCACUCUGCCUUCCUAUCGAUUUCUAUCUCUAUCCAUAUAUCGCUCAUAGAGGCAAGCACUUUGCUUUGCUUCAAGAAUAA